AUGAUUAAGCCUCAGUAGAAAUCUGAUUUAAUAUUAAAUAAUCUUGUAUUAUACAGCUAAGAAAUAUUUAGCUUUCAUAUGGUAAAUGGGAUACCAUAGAUAAGUAAGAUGAACUAUAAAAAUCUGAAUCAAUUUUUUGCAAAAAUAGUUUUGUUUAAAACAAAAUCUCUGUGGAGAGGUUUAUUUUUAACAUUUUUGAUGAAUGUUGUAGCUACAGUGAUCUUAUAUGCAACUUCUAGUAAAUAAUUUAUACUAGGAUUUUACUACUUACCCAUAGGAUUCUUAGCUACAGUUAUUUGGGGUAAAAUUAAAAAAAGCUAGAUACAACUUAAGGCGCAAAUAUUUAUAAACCUACUGAGUUUACUCAUUUUUGGCAGUAUAUUUUUCUGUAUUUAUUUCUUAAUUUAUCAUCCAAUUAUCCAAUAACAAUUCGACCAAGCUAGUAAAUGUACUAUCGAAUACUCUUCUUAAAUAUAAAUUGGAGAAAAUAAAAAUGAAUUAUAUACUUUCCUUGCUCUAUCAUUUAUUGAUAAGGAAGGUAUUUCUUAAAUAGGCUGUGGAUGUAUUUCAUCAAAAAGCAGUAGCUCUAUUUUAUCUAAUUCACCUUUUCCUUAUAUUUAUUUAGAAAAAAAUCAAAGGAUUUCAACUUUUAGUAUGGACUCACCUGAAUAUGAAUCAUCAGAAAUAAAACUCCCUUCAUGGCUCUGCGCUGGAAAUAUAAGUUCUAUAAGCCUAGAUAAGAUUUAAAAUAUUGAUGAAAAUUCAGGUAAAAUAAAAGUUAAUUAGUGCUUUUAUAAUAAUUAUCUAGGAUUUGAUAAAUCUAAUAAUGCUCAAUAACUAGAUAAAAGCUUUUGCUUACAACAAAAAAAGUUUUUAUAAGUAAUAUUUUCAGAAAAACCCUAUUACGAUGCUACAUUUUUACAUUUAGUUACUGCAAUAAUUUAUGAAGGUUUUUGGAGUUAUGGUUUUAUAUGGCCAUCAAUAAUGCUCUCAUUCUUAAUUUCAAGGUUUCUUAGAAAAAUUAGAGAAUACAGAGCUUCGAGAUAAUAAGCUAGAGUAUAAGCAUCUCAAGUUAUUCCUGAAAAUAGUAUAUCAAUAAGUUAUGGAUAAAAUAAAGAUGUGAGUAUGAAUGAUAACACAAAAAAUAUAUCAUAUAAAGAUUAAACAUUUAUCCAACCCUCAAUAGUCAAUUUCGACAAUAGUUAUUUAGACUAAUAUUCUCCUUAAAAAGUUUUGAAUCAAAAAUAAAAAAUUCCAAAUUAAGAAACUUUAAAAUAAAAAUAGUUUGAUUCAUAAUAUUAAAAGAGACUAGCUUUUAAUUGA